AUGAUCCUCAUUGCUAUUCCAAUCAGCAUUUUGGGAAUAGUUGGAAAUAUAAUGGUUAUUUUCUUUCUUUCCUUUAAGAUUAAGAAGACCAUGUUCACUGUGUAUGUCCUAAAUAUAACUAUUGCUGAUUUUAGUAUCCUAAUCUAUUUAUAUACUUAUUUUAUGCUAUUUUUAAAACCAAGUCUUAUCAGUGCCUCUGUUUCCUAUAUAAUAGAGCUUAUAUAUGCAGUUGGAUGCAAAUCCAGCUUGUAUAUAUUAACAGUUCUCUGCCUUGAAAGGUAUUUAUCUGUUUUUUUCUCUACCUGGUAUCACUCUCAUCGGCCAGAACAUCUUUCAGUUUUUUUUGUGACCACAUUGUGGACCUUUUCUGGCCUGGUAUCGCUUGUAGAAUACUUUGCUUGCUAUCCAAGGUUCUAUAUAUACUUGAAUGAAAAUACUUUACGUUGCAGAAUCAUAAAUCUAUUCCAAGUAUUUUUUGAGUUCCUGAUUUUUAUUCCCAUCAUGGUCUAUUCCACUUUGGCCAUUUUUAUCAGAAUGCAGAAAAAAACACAACAAACUCCUCCAGCAACACUUGAUAUUUCCAUUACAGCUACUGUUGUUGUUUUUCUUGCAUUUGAUGUAUCAGUUAAAAUUCUUAAUACUAUUGAAUUUUGGUUUGAUGCAAUACACGUACCAACAUUUUCAGUGGCAGUAUUAUUUGACACCAUAAGCAGCAGUAUCAACCCUUUUAUGUAUUUUAUUAUUGGAGGCUUUAUGAAAAGGACUUUGGAUCCCCUUGAUUGUUUCCUUGAGAAAGCUUUGCAAGAUGGUACUUUGCAAGAAGGAACUAUGGUAGAGGGAACACAAACACACCAAGAACAACUCCCCCAAUGA